AUGUGUGAAAAUGUUGGUGGGAAGUUAUUCACUUUUGGAUCUUAUAGAUUAGGAGUGCAUACACGAGGCGCUGAUAUUGAUACGCUUUGUGUAGCACCUAGGCAUGUUGACCGGUCGGAUUUCUUUGGCUCAUUCUACGACAUGCUCAAAGCAGAUGAUAAUGUUACUGAUCUACACGCCGUCGAAGAUGCAUUCGUCCCCGUCAUUAAGCUCAAAUACGCUGGCAUUGAGCUUGAUAUCCUUUUUGCGAGAUUAGCUUUAAAGGAAGUGCCUGAUGAUCAAACCUUGAACGACGACAUGCUUCUCAAGAAUCUGGACGAUAAGAGCAUCAGAUCAUUAAACGGUUGUCGAGUAGCCGAUGAAAUAUUGCGCUUAGUGCCAUAUCCUGAAGCAUUUGCAUUGUGUCUGCGGGCCGUUAAGUUGUGGGCGAAGAACCAUGGCAUCUACUCAAAUGUUCUUGGAUUUCUCGGAGGUGUUACAUGGGCAAUAUUGGUAGCACGAACAUGUCAGUUGUAUCCCAAUGCUUCGCCUUCUAAAUUGCUCCUCAAAUUUUUUCUAGUGUUCGUUACAUGGGAGUGGCCCCUUCCUGUUGUUUUGAAAGACAUGGAUACCACUUGUCGGCCUGAUAUUGGCAACCUCCAAGAUUUAGUAUGGGACCCUCGAAUUCGUGGAUCCGACAGGUUUCAUCUCAUGCCCAUUCUAACUCCUGCUUUUCCUGAACAAAAUUCCACAUUCAAUGUCACGAAUUCAACGAGGAGCAUAAUGAUUAGCGAAAUGAAAGAAGGUUCCGAUCUCUCGUCUGCC